AUGGCAGACAGAAUUGUUUCAACACCUCCUCGUGCCACCAAGAUCUCCCCAACCCGCCGUACCACACGUCCAAAAGUCUGCCUAAAUUGCAAGAUGCCAGGCCAUUUCGCUCGGGAAUGCCGAGCACCAUACAUGUGCUGGAACUGUGGAAAGCUAGGCCACAUUCAAAAGUACUGCCGCACGCCUCGCUUUACUGAACAGCCUACUACAUCACGCUAUGCUGGUCCAAUGGCCGAAAUAGCAGCGGCGGCACACUCUUCGGCUCCUCCUCCUCCUCCAGCACCACGGCCAACAACAACAUGCAUGUCCAUGGCAUCCAAUCCUACUUUCUUACUCGUCCGCUGUGACACGUGUGGAACUAGGUCUCACAAGACAGAACGGUGCCCGGUCACUGUUUUCGGAUUCAGUGAUGCCAAGGAGCGUGCAGUAGAUGAGCUGCCAUCAUUUCCAGUGCUUAUCAAGCCAAUCAAGACUGCUGCUGCGCUCGAGACAGAGAGGAGGUAUAAGGAGAAGCUUGCAGCUCGUGAGAAAGGGGGUGAAAAGGCUGAAACUGAGGAGGGUGGAGAGAGGACGAGGGUUUCAAGAGUCAAUGAACCAGGUGAUCUUAUUGAGUUUGAUUAA